AUGAUUUUUCUUGUCUUUUUUUCUUUCGUCUUAUGCGCAGAUGAUGAUAUUUCUUUGACAGAUGAUGUCGGAAAAGCUUACCAAUCGAUGUCCGAGAUACCCGACCCCAUUGAGCUGACAGAAAUCACGGGAAACAUCCCUGAAUGGCUGGAAGGAUCAAUUUAUCGAAACGGACCUGGAAGAUAUGAGUACGGAAAUGACACUUUCAAGCACCUUUUCGAUCCUUCUGCAAUGAUUCAAAAGCUCAAAUUCGAGAAUGGAAGUGUUUUCUAUCAGAGAAGAUUGAUUAACAGUACUCACACGAUGAGAAAUCUGGAGGAGGAGAGAAUCGUUUUGACGGAAAUGGGGACAUGGACAGAGCCAGAAAAUUUCGGGGAGAUUCAUGCAGAGGAUAUUUCUAUGGAACGGUGCCGCCAUCUGUACGAAUCCUUCCCUACCGACAAUACUGUAGUCUCCGUUUACCCAAUUCACGGAUGGAUAGUUGCAUUUACUGAAUCUCCCAUCAUCACCCUCAAUGAUCCCGAAACUCUAGAAACGAAACACAUCCUUGACAUCAGAAAAGCUUCAUCGUAUCCCGAAGGGUUGAGUCUUUCAACAGUCCUGGCUCAUGGAGUGAUCGACAGCAACGGUGAUUUUUGGACCUUUGCGACUGGAAUUAUGUUGCCGAAGUUCGGCUUCAUACCAAAAGUUGUUUAUUUGGCAUUGAAAAUUUCGGCCUCAGCGAAGUCAGAAAAAUCGACGCCGGAAGAAUUUCUAGCGAGCAUUUCUUUCUCCGGAUAUAUUUUCAAUGAAGAUGAACGAGAUCUGAACAUGAGAUACUUUCAUUCUUUCGUCCAAGCUUCGGAUGACUUUCUCGUCCUUCCGUUUACCAGUCUAGAGCUUCAGCCCUCCGCGCUUCUUGAAUCCUGUCGAAAUGGAAAUCCUCCGAUAGAGAUGAUGUCCUUCAACAAGUACAACAAAGGGCUCUACAGAAUUUUCGACAAGAAGCAGAUGAAAUGGUAUCCGAAGAUUUUCAAAAGCAAAGAGACCCUGCAAAUGCAUCCGAUACAGGGAUUCGUCGAUGAGGAAUCAAACGAAAUCGUCCUCGACACGCUCGAAAUUCCGAAUCGUCAAUUGAUCGACGACUUGUUUCUCGAAAAUCUGAAUAAAACCGGAGCCGAUCUUUUUGACGCAUAUUGGUCAAUUAUUCCCGUCGGCGUUCCGGUCAGAUACAGGAUGAAUAUGGAUAACUUGAACUCGAUGAUGGAAGAAGAAAUCAACGAAGAAAAGCUCUUCGAUGACGAUUUGGAGACAUUUCAGGCGUAUACGCUUGGAGGGACGGAUUUUCCAGCUGUAGAUUUGACGAAAAUUAAUGAAGAACAAGACGAUUUCUGGUCGCAAGGGAUUGGAAAUCUCGUGGCGGACCGAAUUUAUCAUUCGAAAAUAUCGACUGGAGAGCGCUGGGUUUGGAGAGAAAGUGGAUUCUCUCCGUCUGAACCACUUUUCAUACGAAAACCUGAAUCGAAUAAUCCGCUUGAUGGCGUUGUAAUCUCAAUCGUGAGCCCUCUCGAAAUCGAUUCUAGAGAAAGGGCGUUUGUGGUGAUUCUUGAGCCAGAAGAUCUCAAAGAAAUUGCGAGAAUAUAUUUCAAAGAAGAUGUUGAUAUUGCUCUUUCUUUUCAUGGCGUUUUUGUUCCCUCGAAAAACUGA